UUGGAAGUUCCCCUGAUGAGUUUGGAUCACAUCUCCGUGGUUAUCAAUGCCCUGAAUCGCUUCUUUCAUCCACGGGGACGUAUAUAACUGGCAACCCAAGAGAAGAUUAGUGGGCAAAGAUUUGAGCACACUGAGGAAGCUCCAUCCAUCCAGACAUCCAAGGAUUCGUUGCUGACUUUCUGUCAGUCACCAUGGAUCUAGCCCUCAAGAUGCCCUGGGUUGGGGUGCUGGUCUUCUUCUGUGUCGCAAUGGGGCCUUCGGAAUUAGGAGAUUCCUGUAAAGCUAACGUGAAAUUUGAGCCACCGACACUAUUGCGCAUGGUCCAGGUCAUCAUUGUUCGAGGGAACAUUUUGGAGGACAUGAUAAUGAAAGCCAUGAAAAACGGGGACAAUAGCAAGAUGAUCAAAGGCAUCAAAGGGUUGAAAAUUGAGAACAUGGAGAUACCCAGUAUUAUCAUCAUCUUAAAAGGAAAUUACAUAAUCAUUACAGAUCUAUUUAUUAUCAUCUCAAUUUCUGGGAAAAGCUUUAUUGGCGGACAGAUGACAAUCACCGUGGGUGGCGAAUUUAACACGACGGGCAAGAUUUUAAUCUUGCCGAGCAGUGAACUGCUUCUGAAGGUCACGGAUUGUAAGGUGGCGGUGAAGUCCUGUAAAACCAACCUUCCCAGCAGCAUGCUUCCCAAAAUCGUGAAUAAGUUUUUGGAUUCUACACUCGGGAAAGUCAUGCCGGGUGUGUUGUGCCCAGCGGCUGACUUGAUGAUGACAAAACUAAAGGAAUCAUUUUACAAAAUCCUGGCAAAGAAACCUAUAGGGAAUAUUGGCUAUAUUGUGUACGAAGUGGCAGAAAAACCGGUUGUCUACGCAACUCACAUCAGCUUUAUUCUCAAGAUUAAAAUAGAAAAGAAAAACGGGGAAGCAAUACCGUUCAAAUGUGAUCCGCUCCCCGACGACCUGCCCACCAAAGAAGGGAAAACGGCUUCUUUCUUUCUGCCCUCCAGUGCGAUCGAUGCUCUGAUGAUCUUGUACCAGGAGCACCUCAUAACCCUGCUCACCAAAGUGAAGGGUUCCGUCCCGACCUCCGACCAGCUCAGAAAAAUGCUGCCAGGCGCUGGUCUGCCUGCUGGGAAAAAGCUGAAAAUUCAACUUACUCACAGAGAAUACCCCCUGGUUUCCAUGUCGUCUACUGGCCACACUAUAACAACUCGUAUCCAGGCUUCGUUCUUGGAUGUUAAACGUGGCAACGAGCUGCUCUCCAUCCAGAUGGUCCACGAAUGCAGCGCCCUUGUUUCCAUCAAACAGGAACUGUUGGCCAUCUCGCUGAAAGCCGGGUCGUGCAGGACAACGGAGAUUUCUUCCCCUGCUGGAGAUGUCUCAGCAGCAAAGAAAUACAUGGAAACCGUCAUGGACGCUGGGAUCCCAAACAUGAAUGGUGUGCUGAGUAAAAAUCCGGUGCCUUUUCCGAGCCUCAUCAACGUCACAAACACUCCAGAUGACGCCGAAUUCAUUUUUGGGGACAACAUGAUAACGAUGUAUAAGUCCGUCGAGCCUUACACUCCAGAUGAGAUGGCAAAGGAAAUGAAGAAACAGUUCGGUUCAAUCAAGUUGUGAAAAGAGAAAAAUGUGCCCAUCUCCCUGAUCGACACGUCUCCCCUUUGCUCAUUCGACCUUUGAAUCACUGCCUUGGGACGAAGUGGCCAAAUUUAUCUACCGGCUGAGAAGAUAAAGGCAGCCUCCUUCAAUGUCUCUUAAUAAUUCACAUUUAUUUUUUUCCUUUGUGUUGUGUGUGUAAAUCACGCCAAGCUGUGACUAAUUGGGAAGCAAAUUUAUACAACUGCCUCACGCCUUAAAAAAACCGAUUUGGUGCUUCUGCUGGCUGAGGUAUCUCUUUCCUUCUUUGCCCGGGAAACUUCUACACUGCGGGUGUCUUACUCUCGGUAGUAGCAGAUUACUAGGGACUUAAGGGGAGCACUGCCUCUGUUUCUCAAAUAAAAUAUUCCGAUUUCCUCUUCUGCA